AUCUACCUCAGCGUCACCCCUCGUAUAUACCCGCCGCGCCCCUAGCAACGUGGUAGCAAAGCAGGAGUAGCAGAGGAACGAGGAACUCCACCACCUUCGGAGCUUCUCUCCCUGCUCUUCUUCUCCCUUUUACUUUGCCCCUCCCCUGCUCCCUGCUCCUACGCCCUUCUGUCCCCAGAGUCACCCGCCAUGCCUCAGCCAGCAACGGCGGGCAUUGUCUUGGGCGGCAUCUUCGGUGGGGCGGCCGUCCUCUACUUUACCUAUCGCCUCCAUCGUCGAUGGCGGCGUAGGCGGGGCAGGGGACCCAAGCACCCAGAAUCGGAGCUACCACCCAUCAGACCAGCCAAUGUACCCAAUCCCUGGGAUGCCCCCAACAUUUCGAGCCAAUUCCGGGAAGGAGGUCAAAUCUAUGGAAGGCACAUCCCUAGAAGUUAUAGCAUGCCCACUUCCCCCAUCUGGGACAGUGAAACUGCAAGCCCUUUCCCCUUCGACUUUAAGCGAACACCUUCACCAGGACUACUCACACCUGCAGUCGGCAGCUCCAGCGCUUCUGGCUCACCUUCGCCUGGUCAUACAUGGGGAGGCACAGCAUCUGGCUCCAAUAGCUUCCUUCAGCCCUUACCUCCAGCUGCAGGCUCUUCUUCACCCACUGCAGAUGGUUUGGAGCCAUUGCUAUCAGACAGGCCAGGUACCAGGCUGAGCGUCAUCUCCUCGAGCUCUUCUACAAUGGCACUCAAGCGGUCCUAUGCCUCUUCGGUCCACUCUUCGCAUCUCACUCACUCCUCCUCCACACCCAUCUACGGUCUAGGUAUGGGUCAUUUGCAAGGCCAGCCAGCUAAAAGAAGCUCCUAUCUGCCGCAUUCGCCCCUCAAUAGAGACAAGAUACAGAUUGUCCCGCCUCAGCCAUUGGGUAUUGGGCUUGGAGGGCUCGCAACGGCGGUAGACCAGCGCACACUGGCAUUCAGCCCGGCCAGUGGUAUCGGGGAUGGCACCUCGGAGCUCUUUGGGCAAGAUGUGCUCUGGCCUUCCUCGGAUCCUGCAGAGGGCUCAGAAAGACCACAGAGGCCAGCACGGGUGCACAACUCUACCAGUCGCUCGAGUAUAGGGCAUGAUGAGAGGAUGAGGUACCUGCAGGAAGGACCUGCUCGUCAGGCUUCGCCGGCAGAAUUUGGAAGCAGCAAGAGACCUACCCUCGACCCGGCUGCGCGUAUCACCUCGUCACCGCGUCAAAGCGAGUCUCGAUCUAGGUCCCCAGCCCACCUCACGUCCAGCACGAGCGCAGGUCAAGGAACGCCCGAUACCCUCCACCCUAGCCACACGCCUCCGCCAUCAAAGAGUCGGACCAACAGCUCCACUGGACGACAGAUCCUUGCUGCUCCGCCCACACUACCGCACAUUCCAGCCUCGCAAGACUCUCCUUCGUCUGCACUUCCUCAGUACCCCUCGCUCUCAAGAGAGGCAACCCCGCGAGCAGACACAGAGAGCAGACAACAGCAGCAGCCCACCGUUGCGAUGCCUUCCCCGGUCAGACCACUCGCACGAAUCCUCUCGGCCAGCGGCUCGCACCACUCGUCUGCUGAGACUUACGCGAGGGGAGGAACUAGUGAGCGAGAAGAGAUUGCCUCUGCUGGUUCCCCUGGUCCCGCUCCAGAGGGACUCCUCAGCGAAUCGCCGAAGGGUAUCGCGGACUCGUCGCAGCGUCUUUCAGUGUCAGAGAGCGCUCCGAUCCCUCAGAAUGGCGAAUUUGCAGCAGCUCCUGUUUCGCUUGCGACUCAGCCUCAGACCUCAACAGGCGCCGCAUCGCCCAUCUCCCCGCCUCUGGCGAUCAACUUUGCUUGGAAUCCUGCCAACACCUCCUCUUUAUCGACCAAGGGACCCUCUCAAGGCACCCGCAACAUCUCGCCCGCUCGCACCGCCGGAACAGCAGCAGCAGGCGGUUCCGACCAACAGCCCCAGCCCCAGCCCGGCCGUGAGGACGACGUCGACCCGGCGAACUCUUCUUCCUCCCGCGUCACCUCCAGUGCCAGUACAGGUACAGCGGGGACGACUAGCGGCAGUGCCUCUGCCAGCGGCAGCGGGAGCGGGAGUACCACAACGGAUACAGCUGGGAGCAGUACGGAGAAUCUUGGCGCGUUGCUGCUUGUAGAGGGAGUUCACAACAAUGAGGAUGGGAGUAAAGGUUUGAUUUUGGCCAAUGGAAACUUGGAGACUCACGGCGCGGGGCAGGAUGGAAUCACUACGUGAGGCCUACUUUUGCCUCAACUCCCGAUUUUCGAGCCACGGCUCGCGACGAGGAGAUGAGGGAGCGUCCGACUUCUUAUGAAGCGGGGCUGGGAAAGGAACAUUGAGGAUUGCUAUGCACGCUUUCCAUCGGCUGUUGCUUCACUGGCGAGCACGCCAUACCUCUAACACUUGCCCUUCGUCCUCCCCUCUCA